AUUUAUUUGGGAUAAUGCUUAGGGCUUGAUGUGCGAGUUGGGCCAAAAUUGCCCACGAUUAAUCACCGUCAAACACACGCGCUGCUCCAAUCCCUUUUCCGGCCGAUCAGAGUGUGUGCAGACGGCAGCUCAAAAUCCUUACUAGUGCACACAGUCUCAAGCUCCCUCCGGCGAGCCACUAAAUUUAUCUAUACAAACGCGCGUCCUUACAUCUACGCUCUCAAAAAGUAAAGAAGUGGGUCGUGAUAUGGCAAUCUCAUUGGAUGGUGUUAGGGACAAGAAUUUGAUGCAGCUAAAGAAGCUGAACACCGCCCUCUUCCCUGUCCGCUACAACGACAAGUACUACACCGAUGCACUCGCUUCCGGCGAAUUCACCAAGCUAGCAUACUACAGUGACAUUUGUGUUGGUGCAAUUGCAUGUAGGAUUGAGAAAAAGGAAGGGGGUGCUGUUCGUGUAUACAUCAUGACCUUGGGCGUUUUGGCUCCUUAUCGUGGAUUAGGUGUUGGUUCAAAGCUGUUGAACCAUGUGCUUGAUCUUUGUGCUAAGCAAUGCAUCAGUGAGAUUUACCUGCACGUCCAGACAAACAACGAUGAUGCCAUCAAGUUUUACAAGAAAUUUGGGUUUGAGAUUACGGAGACCAUCCAAAAUUAUUACACAAACAUUACACCCCCAGACUGCUAUGUUGUUACCAAAGUCAUCGCCCAAAUCCAGGAAAAGAAAUAGCUUCAAAUUUCCAGUUAUGGAUUUUCCAGAAUUUGUGCUUGCUAUUGUUUUCAUUUGAAUGCAAUUUUUUUCUUUCUUUCUUGCACUCCUGUGUAAGAAAACUGUUGUAUGAAGAGUUAGUAGUCUAGAAGAAACACAUUUUUUAUCCAUUCAAGAUAACAGUCACUGGUUGAGAAUACCUGCCCCUAAAAUGCAAAUAUCUACUCGCAUGUUUUAUGUAUGCUAUAUGCAUACUCGAGGAGUCUCUGGUUUAAAUAUUAUUACUGAACUGUUGAUAUAAUAUUGUAACUUAUUUUAUGAAAAUAUGUCGAUUUGUAUAUCAGUGUGGGCCUGUGGGAAAGUAAG